UCAAAUCCCGAUUUCGGAAUUCCGGGUAUAUAAGCGCCUAUAGUAUCGAAAUUCUAGAAUCCGCUCGAAUUGCGCAUUUGCUGCGAAUGGCGCAGUCCCGCCCUAUUAUUCGCCGGCGGCAGUAUAAGGUCAUUUUCGCCGGAAAGGUGUCUUCGCGGCUUCAUUUCCGAAUUAACAACCUCGAAUUCGCACCAGCAUGCCCGCCGCCAAGAAGUCAUCGAAGCGCUCCAAGCGACAGCUCUCUGUAGCCGAGUUCCGCGCUGCUUCUGCCGAACUUUUUCGUGAAGAUGAAAAGCGCAAAGCUAAAAUCGCUCGAGUCGUUCCUCCUGCCCGAGGUUUGGACUCGGAUGACGAGAUUGACUCGCCGACGCCUCGCUACGACCUGUGUGUAGCUGCUGAAGGACCGGAAGGUGUGCUCAAGCACACGAACUUUUCGCAAGCUGAAUUCGAUCGGAUCUGGGAAAGAAUUGAAGACUUUGUCGCUGCUAACUGGGGCGUGGGACGUGGCAAGAAACCCGAAGAGGCUCCAAAAGACGUGUUUUUCAUGUCGGUCUGCGCGAUGAAACACUGUGGCAAGUGGGAUACCGUCGCUCACAUGUUUGAUAAGGGCUCAUCCACCUUUCAGAAGAUGGUACGGGGCUUUUUAGAGGUUGUUACCCCUCGCCUGUACGAGCUAUUCGUCACUUCACAAGAGAAGAUGUCGGUAGAGAAGCUCACGCUUAGCGGGCGCACAUUUGACAACUUCAAGCGUGCUCGAUACGCCACCGACGUGACGUUCCAGCAGUCGAAUCGGCCCCGUGGAAACCACCGGGAAUCGAUCGGGUACUACAGCGGCAAGCAUCACCUCUACGGCUACAAGGUCGAAGUGUCCGUGCUUCCUACAGGCCUCGCUCUAAACUGCACUCCACACGCACGGGGCAGUGUCGCUGAUAUUACAUUGUUCCGAGAGAACGCCGAAUUCCAUGUGAAUGCACUCAAGAAGCAGUCGUCUGAGGUGAACCUCCCAGACAACGAUCCACUGCAUGACACGCAUCCUGAUGAGUGGGCUGUACUGACGGAUAAAGGGUACCAAGGUUUGGAGGUGGACUUCCGUGCGAUCCACCCCAAAAAGCGUCGGGGUCGGCAGCCUCUCACGAUUGCUGAAGUUAACCAGAACGACAGGAUCUCACACGAUCGAGUGAUCGUGGAGAACUACUUCGGCCGGAUGAAGACACUUUGGGCGUUGAUGGCGGACAAGUACCGCUGGGACGAGCAAUGGUACGACCUGUACUUUAAGACGUGUCUGGCGCUGACUAAUGUCCACGUUCGACUUCGCCCGCUGCGUUCCGAGGACGGGGAACACUACCGCCGAUACGAGUACCGCCUGAGAGCCAUCGGAGUUGAUGGCGAAGAGGAAGAAGAGGAAAGACAGCAAGAGUACCGGCUGAACCGACGGGUGAGAGUGGAGACUAACUCGCGCCGCCAUAGCUACGCGGACGCCGACGCGACUUCACGCCGCACCAUUAGUGAGCAAGACGAGUUAAGUGAGUCAUUUGGCUCGGAAGGGGAAGAGGAGAUCGUGACGCAGCUGUGAGCUGAGCAAUUCGGCUGGGGGAUCUUACGAAGCGACCUAUUAGCGCAGAUACUUAGUCAAUUCUCCCGUUUGGCGUGAUUUCCAAAGUGUGUUAGCAACUUCUUCCUUUAAGCCCUAUAAGCGACUUGUGAACGGAAAUGCGCAUUUGCUGACCGAUUUCGGAAGUCGAUUUGCAAAUGCACCUUUUGUCAAAUAUUGACCUUAUAGGUUGAUACUGA